AUGGUGGCUGUUUCAUACCCUGAGAUACGGCUGCCCGAACCUUUUGCGAGCAUCCCUAGAGAGAACUUCUUAUUCGGUCCCUCGCCAAUCCAGCACUUGCCGCUGAUGUCAAAAGUUUUGGGAGGGGAUGUUGAAGUGUACGCUAAACGUGAGGACUGUAACUCUGGUCUAGCAUUUGGAGGGAAUAAAACCCGGAAACUUGAAUACCUCAUUCCUGAAGCCUUGGCCAAAGGAUGUGAUACUUUAGUCAGCAUCGGUGGCGUACAGUCGAACCACACCCGACAAGUGGCUGCUGUUGCCGCUAAGCUGGGGUUGAAGUCAGCACUUGUCCAGGAACACUGGGUGGACUGGGAAGACCCUGGCUACACUAAAGUCGGUAACAUUCAGCUUUCACGUCUUAUGGGUGCCGACUCGCGCCUAGACCCAUCGACGUUUGGCAUUGAGCACAAAACCUCCCUCCAGACUCUCACGAAUGAGGUGGCGUCGAAAGGAGGUAAGCCGUACUACAUACCCGCUGGAGCUUCGGAUCAUCCUCUGGGUGGGCUAGGAUUUGCCAGAUGGGCCUUCGAAGUCGAACAACAGGAAGAGCAACUUGGGAUUUUCUUUGACACGAUCAUUGUCUGCACCGUGACUGGCUCGACAUUUGCAGGCAUGAUUGCAGGUUUCAAACUAGCCCAGAAACACGGUUCAAGGCAGCGCAAGAUCAUUGGAAUUGAUGCGUCAGCCAAGGUUCAAGCGACCUUUGAUCAAGUGCUUCGUAUUGCAAAAGCUACGGCUGUGAAGAUAGGACUACAUGAAGACGAUAUCACUGCUGAGGAUGUCAUCCUUGACGAUAGAUAUCAUGCCGGUUGUUAUGGUAUCCCAGAUCAGCAGACUAUUGAUGCGAUGAAAUUUGGGGCUUCCACUGAAGCAUUCAUUACUGAUCCAGUUUAUGAAGGAAAGAGCCUUGCUGGUAUGAUAGACAUGAUAAGGAAUGGUGAAAUUCCGAAAGGGAGCAAAGUGCUGUACGCUCACCUUGGGGGACAGCUUUCACUGAAUGCAUAUUCAUCUCUCCGAACGAGCAAGCUAUGA